AGGAGAGAGAAUCAGACAUCACUCUGGUACAUGUGCUGCCAGGGGUUGAACUCAGGACCUCAUGCAUGAGAGUCCAGUGCUUUAUCCACUUGGCCACCUCCUGGACCACAAUGUUUUAUCUCUUUAGCUAAAUUGUUGCUAUGCAAGUCUUAUCCUUUAGAGACUGCAUACAUCUUGUGUACACUCUGUGCAUAUGUAUGAAAUGUCUCAAUUCUAAACUUGAUCAUAGUGAACAUCAGUGUUUAUAGCUUCCUCCUUUUGGAUAUAAUUUUCCUGCUCACACCCCUUUAUAACUUAGAUCUUCUGUGAAGGGCCAUGUUAUUUCUAGUGGGGGUGGUGGUGGCUUCCUUCACACUUGUCUCUGUUUUUCUUUAGCUCCCAUCCUUCUCUGAAAGGCAGCACAACUGAUGGCAGCCAUGCUUCUGACAGCAUGGAACCAGGGCCUGAGCCAUGGAAUUGGCCCUAGGGCAGCAGGAACCUGUUGUUUCAGAAGUCGGUGACCUUCGAGGAUGUAGCUGUGUACUUCACCCAGACGGAGUGGGAUGGCCUAUCCCCUGCACAGAGGGCUCUAUACAGGGAUGUUAUGCUGGAGAACUAUGGGAAUGUAGCCUCCCUGGGAUUUUCACUGCUCAAGCCUGCUGUGAUCUUACAACUGGAGGAGGGAGGUGAGCUGGGGGCCACAUUUCCUCUGGCUACUCAGACAGACACUGGUCCCCACACCCUUUGGACUGAAAAGAGUGAGACUGAUUUUAAUCUGACAGAGAACAUGUACAAAGAAAACAAUACAUCCUCUGAAGACCAGAGGGACCACUACCUAGAAACAGAAUUUUCAGAAGUCUGUCUUCUAGAGAAAUGGCAAGGAGUUCACUCAGUAGCAGGUAUGAAGAAUGCAAACAUCAGUAUCAUUGACAAAAAAGUAAAAGAUGAGACAGACUUUAUAGAUGUGUGUUUCAUUAGUCAAACUCCAGCCUUGAACCAUUGUCAUACCAUCUCUACUAGAAAGCAGCCUUCUGAAUGUACACAGUUGGAAAAAGUUUUUGACAUAAAAUAUACUCAACAGGAAAUAAUUAAUACUGAAGAAAGACCUUUAAAGUGUGAACAAUUAGUGGAAACCUUUAGGUGUGCUUCUCAAAUUAAUCAACAUCAAGAUAGCUACAGUGAAGAAAAGUCCUAUCAUUGUAAGGACUAUGGCAAAACCUUUGGUGUUAAUGCAAAAUUAAUUUGGCAUCAAAAACUUCAUACUGUAGAGAAACCCUUUAAAUGUGUGGAGUGCGGGAAAAGCUUCAGUUACAGUUCCCGUUACAUCACACAUCAGACAAUCCAUAGUGGAGAGAAGCCCUAUCAAUGCAAGGUGUGUGGGAAAGCAUUCAGUGUUAAUGGGAGUCUAAGUAGACAUCAGAGAAUCCAUACAGGAGAGAAGCCUUAUCAGUGCAAGGAAUGUGGAAAUAGCUUCAGCUGCAGCUCUGCAUAUAUAAUACAUCAGAGAGUCCACACUGGAGAAAAGCCUUAUGAGUGUAAAGACUGUGGAAAAGCUUUCAAUGUUAAUGCAAAGUUAAUUCAACAUCAGAGAAUUCACACUGGAGAAAAACCUUAUGAAUGUAAUGAAUGUGGGAAAGACUUCAGGUGUAGCUCACAACUUAGGCAACAUCAGAGCAUCCACACUGGAGAGAAAUCUUGUCAAUGUAAGGAAUGUGGAAAGGCCUUCAGUAAUAAUGCAAAACUUGUUCAGCAUCAAAGAACCCACACAGGUGAGAAACCUUAUAUGUGUACUGAAUGUGGAAAAGCCUUUAGUGCCAAAGGGAAGUUAAUCCAGCACCAGAGAAUUCACACAGGUGAAAAACCUUAUGAGUGUAACGAGUGCAGAAAAGCCUUCAGGUGUAACUCUCAACUUCAACAGCAUCUGAGAAUCCAUACUGGGGAGAAACCCUAUGAAUGUAAGGAGUGUGGAAAAGCUUUCACUGUUAAUGCAAAAUUAAUGCAGCAUCACAGGAUUCACACUGGGGAGAAACCCUUUGCAUGUAGUGAGUGUGGGAAAUGCUUUACUUCUAAAAGAAACCUCCUUGAUCAUCACCGGAUCCACACUGGAGAAAAACCUUAUCAAUGUAAGGAAUGUGGGAAAGCUUUCAGUAUCAAUGCUAAACUAACUAGACAUCAGCGAAUACACACUGGAGAAAAGCCUUUCAAAUGUAGGGAGUGUGAUAAAGCAUUUAGCUGUAGUUCUGACUAUAUUGUGCAUCAAAGAAUACAUACUGGAGAGAAACCCUUUCAGUGUAAGGAGUGUGGAAAAGCCUUCCAUGUUAAUGCCCAUUUAAUACGUCAUCAGAGAAGCCACACAGGGGAAAAGCCCUUCAGAUGUGUGGAGUGUGGAAAAGGCUUUAGCUAUCGUUCUGACUGUCUUAUACAUCAGACUGUCCAUACAUGGAAGAAACCAUAUGUGUGUAACACAUGUGGGAAAGCCUUCAGGUUUAGCUUCCAACUAAGUCAGCAUCAAAGUGUCCAUAGUAGUGUAGGAAAAUCUUAGUAAUGAGAAUAUAGAAAAGAUUAAUGCAGAAAUGGACCAAGUCAGUUUCACCUUGAAGAUCCUCAGAGGAAAAUAAAUAUGGGAAAGUUUUCACAUGGAAGCAGUUCUCGUCCAUUCUAUUAACUUUAAAUGAGGAAUGAUGUCCAGUUUACUAAUAACAUUCCAAAAUAAAAUCUAAUAGCCAGUUAGAAAAUAUAAUGAAAGAACAUCUUAUUUCAAACAGCAUUAAGGAAAAUAGAUUGUCUAGAAUAAAGUGUGCCAGACUUACAUGGGAACAUGACAGAUUUCCAUCAAGGGCCACAAUAGUAAAUUUGAGUAAAUCAAGAAAAAGAAAAGCCUUGUUAGAUAGGAAAACUCAUAAAGAUAUUCACUCUUAAGUUACUUAUUUUUCAUUCAUCUUUGACAGUAAGCAUGCAUCACUUUUGGGAAAUGGGUAAACAAUAAAGAUUUCAUUUUAAAAAACUAAAA